CCCUGUCGUAUCUUCGUUCUGGCUCUACCACACUUAGGCAUCAAUGUUUGGGACAUAUAACCUCCGUCGCCAACUCUCACUUAUAAUUCAGUCUCUUCUCGCUUGGGCUUUUUAAUCUCGCUACUCUCCAUUAAUUCAUUGGAAAUCAAGAUCUUCAUCAGCAUCAUGGACCGUGAAGCCGAGAAAGUUGCCGAGAAGCCGGAGGACAUUUCUUCCCCCGUGUCCAACACGGAGAUAGAUGGGCCACAGGAGCAAGACCGCACCUCUCAGGUGAUCAAUUUCCCUGACACCGACCGCAAAAUCGGCUUCGCAGAGUAUGGAUCUAAAUCUGGAACUCCCGUCGUCUAUCUCCACGGCCUCCCAGGAUCGCGGUUUGAAGCUUCAUUAUGGGAGGCAAAUGCCACAGCUCUCGACGUGCGCCUCAUCGGACUCGACCGACCUGGCAUGGGUCUCUCAACACGCGAUUCAGCCCGCACAAUGACGGCAUAUGCGGGUGAUGUUGCAACGGUGGCACAGCACCUGAAGCUCGACAAAUAUUUCAUCCUGGCUGUUUCUGGAGGUGGCGGAUAUGCAUUGGCAUGCGCCGCGCAGAAAGACAAACUCCCGGGGCUCCAGGGCGUUGGAGUCGUGGGCGGUCUUGGCCCACGCAACAUGACGCAGCAGGGCAUGGGCUUGAUUCAAAGACUUAGCUUCCACGCAAUGGACUGGGUCCCUAAUGGCGUCGUGGGAUGGAUGUGGGAUGCAAUGAUUGGGAAAUCAGCAAGGAACCCCGAUCCAACAGUACUGGAGAAGGCAGUCAAGAAGCUCUUGGCAACAGAAGUAAAGGGCGCUGAUACCGAUAUCGCCAAGGAUGAGAAUAAUAUGCGGAUUUUGACAGAUUCGCUACGCGGCGCGUUCAUUCAGGGAAGUCAUGGGUAUGUACACGAAGCAAGUCUAGUCGUGAAGCCUUGGGGAUUUGAUCUGGAGGAUAUCAAGGGCAUUCAGGUCAGGCUAUGGUAUGGAGAGAAGGAUAAUCUCGCCCCACCGGCUGCGGGCAAAGCGAUGGCCGACAAGAUUCCCAAUGCCGUUUUCACGAGAUACGAAGGGGAAAGCCAUACAUCAUCAGUCAUGAGGCAUCAGAAGGAAAUCUUGACAGCGCUGUGCGGGUUGAGUAUAGAUCCCGAGUCUUAAUCCAACACAAGUUGGUAUGUUUUGAAGUUUCGCAAUAAUUACCUAGAUUUAGAAACACUACUUUAUUUACUAAAUCUCC